GGAAGAGGCUUUAUGCUCGUCCGUCCGACUUCGGCAGCUGGAUCGUGCGUUUGGGGCACGCGUCUCAACGGUCGUUGCAGCUGCCUCUGGAAGUGCUCGGGGUACGCUCGGCUCAGCGAGGGUUCCUUCGCCGGGGCCUGCGUCCAGGUGAGUUUCCCUGCGACAUCGAGCGCUCGAGUUAUUUCUCUAAAAGUCGAAUAACUUUGUCGAAAAAAAUCGCAGCCAACUUUUUCAAAAAGGGAAUUGAAGCUGGAGGUUCCGGCUUCGAUGUUCCGCUCGGAAAGCGGCGUUGAAAAAUUCCUCCCGGCGACGAGGUUCGGCCGAAGCUCAGGAAGCGGUGACGGACGAACCUUGGCUUUCAAACCUGCCUACCGGGCGUAAAAACGGUCGUGGAAAAUUUUCAAAAAAACAUACGGUUUUUCGAUGGUUUGGAAAAUUUUGAGCACAUUGACAUUGAAAAGUGGAAAAAAAAAUGUUCAUCGUCACGUAGCUUCCUCUAGAGGAAGCAAAACAAGAAUUUUCGGGUUUUUCAAUUCUCGCUGGAGCCGAAAACUCUGGUCGAGUCGAGUAUAGUUUCGAGGACGAGAGAUCCGAGGGCCCGAACGGUUUCGGUGGGAGGGGAAAGCGGCGAUGGGGGGAGCGAGAGAGAGCGUCGCACCGGGCCCGUAUGCUGUUCACCCUGGCGGGUUCACCCCUCGUUGGAGAAACAGGCGAGCCCGUUUCUCGGAGCAUCUGUCUCCGUCUGCAACGGUCGUGUGUGACUCCGGGGGCGCCCCGUUCCGUUGAUCCGCUCCGGAUCGUCAGUUUCCUUCGAGCCGCGUUCGAGGGAGGUUUUGAGAGAGUGAGCUCCGCAAUUUGGGAUAAAAAGCGAGCGCGAGCGGCUCCAGGGACGUUUUCGUGUCGCGCGUCGACGUAAAAUGUGUGAAAGAAUCGAGUGUCGAAAAAUCGACAGUGGAAUUUCGCCAGCUUUCCGAGUCGCCAGGAGUUUUGCCCUGGAAACUUGGCCGUCGAGGGUUCCCUUCGUCUCCAGCGCGUUGCUCAUCGUCCUCGGCGCCGAGAGCUCCUAAGCCCCUCGGCAGGGUGCCCCAGGAGUCCGCGCCCUCGGAGAACGAGUUCCGGAGAGCCCCUUAACCGCCAGGAUGGCCUACACCAAUCCGAGCUUCUGCCAGCAGUCGGAGUUCGUCCAGAACCAUCGCCUGGAGGAGCUGCCACCCCCGCCGCAGUUCCAAGCGGCCGAGGAGCUGCCGCCGCCCUCGCCGUCGCCUCCCCCGCCGCCCCCGGGCGCCCAGCCGCACCAGCAACGCUUCUACGACGCGGGCAAGUCCAACCCCGGCUUCCGCUACGCAGCCGACGACGAUGCGCCGACCCGGGGCGACGAUCGGUACGCCUACCUCGAGCGGAAGAACGUCGUCGCCGCCGCCGCCAGCUUCCAGGACGCCUACGCCGUCCCCAUCAACGAACGACGACCCAUCGUGCACGAACGCGAGGUCCGUUCUCGCUACGAAUACAUCCAGGACGACGACGAGGACCCCGUCGACGAGAAAACCCACCAAAAUCGCCCUCGCACUCCCGAACAACUCACCAGGAACUCCAGCCGAUCCUCCAGGUACGGCUUCCUCGAGAGCCCCGACAACGUCCCCGCCGUCUUCGCAUACCAGCGACGCGACUCCACCAGGAAAACCGAAGUCUCGCGGUACGCACUCCUCCCCGCCAACAGCCUCGACGACCAUCCCAGAGAACCCAACCAGUGGAACUCCCCCGUCAGAAACUCCGGCGUUCUCGCCAGCCAGAGAUCCAACUCAAACCGAGGUCGUUACGCUCGAGUGCCGAGCCAAGAGGUGCUGGAUCCGCCUGUGGUGCCGGAGCGAAAUGCGCGUGAGCAGCAGCUUGCAACGAGACAUCCGGAGGAGAUGAAUUAUUCAUCGGGAAAGAACAACGUUGCGACGCAAAAACUCCACGAGAUACUGACGACCCCGAGGAAGCCGCGCUCUCGCUCGGAGGAGCGAACGCUCUCGCCGAGUAAAAGGCACCAGCAGUACGCCGGUGUGAGCAGCAACGUCGUUCAGCGGGGAGCGAUGACACCGACGGGCUCUCCUUCAGGUCGUUACGUGUCGAGUCCGUCCUCGGGUUUCGUCUCAGGAAGUUUGAGUUCGCGACGGGAGCAGCGUCAACUGAUUCACGGAUCAUCGCAGCGAGGAAUCGAUUCGUCACCGAGUAGUUCAGGGACGUUGAUGGGCCCGCACACGUCGACGCCGACGAAGGAGCCUUCUGCGCGUCGCUGUCUUCCCCUCAACGUGGACAACUCGUCGAGCACGCGAGUUCGCGACAUUCGCGAAUCGGCCUCUUGUCCGGCCAGUAAUUGCGGACGCCAACGAUAUCCGAGCAGGAAUAAUAGCGUUGUCGGUUCGCCGAGUGAACCCCCACCUCGAUACGCGUAUCUGGAUGGCCUGAGCGAGGCGAUCCCGAUGGUCACCGGAUCCCCCAGGUAUCAGGUCGUUCCGACGAGCGACGAGAAAUCCAUCGAGAGUGCCUUCAUCGCGCGAACUGCGGUUGUUCCACCUCUGUCACCUCCAAACAGCGAAGCAAACACGACUCUGGCUAGUGGCAUAGAGAAGAGCGAGCGCCGGAACGCGCCACUUCUCCUUCUACUCGUCGGUGUUCUCACCUGUGGUUUGGCGCUCUACCUCUCCUGGAGCCAGGGUCGAAGAUACUACUUGGACAGCGCAGCUGGUUGCGGGGCGUGCUGCGCCCUCGCCGGAGCUUGCAGGAGCCUUCGGAGAACGUGGACCGGCCUGGGCCUCGCUGGCCUCUCGGCUCUGAGCUGCGGUGGCCUCCUCCUGCUGGCAGCCAAAGCACCGAGAGCUGGGACUCCCCUGCACGACGUCACCGCCGGCGCACUCUGCGGCGUUUCUCUCCUCGGUGCAGCCCUCGCACUCCUCGCUCUUCUCUCACCGAAAUGCCACUUCUCUCGACACCGACGCGUCCACUCCUGGAUCCCACGAUUUUCUCCCUGAAUUCAAUCAAAUCUCAUUACCUGAACGUGUAUACUCGCUUCUCGACGCGCAUACCAGAUUUGUAAGCUAAUUGGAUUUUGUACAUUUUAGUAUUCUUGUUGCGGAGACUCACCGAACGAAAUUUCACGACGAAACAAUAUUGUAUAUUUUUAAUAAUAAUUUACGAAUAAUUUAUGAUAUGUUAAUUUACGAUAUUUAUGUACUGAAACGCUCUUAUUAUUCAAGUUGUAAUAAAUAAACAAUCGUAAUACCUCGCU